UUUCCUCACUAGAUGGUGUGCAAGCCACUGGAGAGUCGACUUCCUCCCGCGGUGAGGUUCCGAUCAAAACAAAUCUGGGAAAUUACACGGAACGCCAUUUCUCGGGGUUUUCGCGGAGGAUUGUUAUAUUUUCAUCCAGAUAUUUAUAUUUUUAUUUUUGAUAACGGCGCGGAUCGUGCUCCAUUUGGCGGUGAUGGACAUAAUGGUUGCAGUGCGGGAUGCGUGCGUCUCCGGUCAGUGGCUCACCGCUAUAAUUCUCAGUCUUUGCUGCUUUUUACCAUCGUGUUUGCCCGCUGGACAAACUGUGGACUAUGCGUCCAGCGAGAGUGUGGUCAGCAGACAGGGAGACACCGCGCUGCUCAGAUGCUACCUGUUGGAUGGAAUCUCAAAAGGAGCAUGGUUGAAUCGUUCCAGUAUCAUUUACGCAGGGAAUGACAAGUGGUCAGGGGAUCCUCGCGUGUCCAUCGUAUCAAAUGUGGGGGAUAAACAUGAAUACAGCUUACAGAUACAGAAAGUGGAUGUAACGGACGAGGGCUUGUACACCUGUUCGAUACAAAGUGAACGUAAUCUACGCCCAAAGCUCAUUCAGUUAAUUGUAAAAGUUCCUCCCAAAAUCUAUGACAUUUCAUCGGACAUUACAGUAAACGAAGGCAGCAAUGUUUCACUCAUCUGCUCAGCCAGUGGGAAACCAGAGCCCAAAAUCUCUUGGAGACACAUCUCCCCAUCAGCCAGGAAGUACGAAAGCGGGGAGUAUUUAAAUAUCACAGGCAUCACUCGGGAUCAAGCAGGGGACUAUGAGUGCGGUGCCGAAAACGACAUUGCUUCACCCGACACCAAGACCGUGAGAGUCACAGUCAACUUUCCUCCAGCAAUCCAUGAGAUGAGAAGUCACGGGGUCCGACCCGGUCAGAUUGCCCUGCUGAGAUGUGAGGCAGCAGCAGUCCCCUCUCCAGUCUUUGAGUGGUACAAGGGAGAGAAAAGGAUUAACAUGGGCCAAGGAAUAGACAUCAAGAACCUCAGCUCCAGAUCAGUUCUCACAGUGAAGAACAUGACACAGGAUCGCUAUGGCAACUACACCUGUGUGGCCGUCAACAGGUUGGGAACAGCCAAUGCCAGUGUUCCUCUGAUUCCAAUUAUUGAACCCACAACAACUAGUGCUGUCUCAAGUCCAGGAGGGUUGGAUUAUGGGUAUUCAGAAAGAAGCAAUACAUACGCACCCAACACCGCUUCGUAUGGAAGUACAGGAGGCGCUGAAGUCCUGCUGGCCUGCCGGUACCUGAUCCUGGCUCUCUCUUCUCUCGUCAGCGUUUACUAGCCCUGGGGAUGGCCAUACACAAUGACUGUAAAGAACCCUUUUGAGCAUUUACAGAUGCUUUGACAUUGCUGAUGGCUGGAUCCAAUCUGGUACAGUGUGUUUGGAAAGCAGCGAGGGAUUUUAAUCAGCAUUGCUUAUGUUGGGAUGGUAAUUUUCUUCUGUGGUGUUUGUCAUCAUGUAAAUACAUACGGUUUUAGAGGGUUGGUUUUCUUUCUCUUGUCUUAUUUUCUGUUCUUUUCUUUUCUGAUUUUCCACUUUGUGAAUCAGCACACAUUGUCCCCUUCGAAUGCUCACAAAUUAGCCGAAAGCACACUUUGGAAAAGUGAGGGUGUGUGACAUUAGUCUUUGUUAUUGAAAAAGGAAAGAUGCCCUAGUGUGCCACCUUGCUCUCCGUGCUGGUACAUCAUUCUCAUACCCAUAAAAUGGGCAAGGUGUUUAAAUAAUGUGGUUUUUGCCGAGCUCAUUUAAAUCCAGUGAACCAAGAAACAAUGUUUAAGAUUUCACAAAGGGAGAGAUAUUGAAAUUGAUAUCAAAAGUGAUACAGUCAAAGGCGACGUGAACGAUUGAAGAGCAGCUUUAGUUUAAUACUCUAAUGUGCAUGGUUUUUCCACUGACAGUGAAAUAUGAUUAUUCAUUUUCUGGACCAAAACUACAGCCAUACCUCAAUGGUUUAGACCUCUGGGCUAUAGACCCCAAUUGCAUUUAACUGAAUUAUGCAGAGUACCAUCAUAAACCUUUCUAGUUAUUCUAGAAAUACAUGAAUUAGUUGUUUUACUGCAGGAAAAAAUCCUAGAUUGCAAUCGAGAUUAAAAUAUGUAAACGUAUGCGAUAAAUUUGCCUCUUGUAAAACUAUUUGUGAGCCUAAUUGUAAAAUUAAAAUGAGCCUCAUGCAGUGGUCAAAAGGUUGUAAAACUGCAAAGCAGAGUUAUAGAGCUGUCCUUUCUGCCCUGGGGGUCUUUAAAAUAAGAGCUCUAAUAUAAAAAAUGAAUAGAGAAAAUGCAUGUGUUGCAUUUGAUGUUAUAUUAAAUAAGAGAUAAAAAUAGCGCAUAAAAGACUUUCUUUAGUUGUCAGCAUGCAAAAUAAUGUAACAGGCCAAUCCAAAGUAAAAAGUGGAGGGAAAGCAGUAGAAAGUGUGUCAUAUUUGAUGUGCACUUUGAUUAAAUGACGAAAUUAUGAACAGUGUCUAAUGGAACUUAUCAUUCAAAUAAUUAUUGUCUUUUUUUAUGUUUUAUGGUUGUAAUAAUUUGAACAAGAUUUUUAUAAUGUAUUAACAUAUUACCUGCUUUGCUUCUGUCAGUGUGAAAUAGGUUUGAAUAGGGAAGCAGAAAAAAAGAAUAUGCACUUCCCUUGUGGGGACAAUAUGAAACUUUCAAGUGUGGAUCCAAACAUGUGAAUGAAUAUUAUUUCAAAAUACGUAUGCAGUAUGGCAUAGUUUACAAUGUUGUCUUUCAUUUUAGAUGCCACAACUGUUGUUGAUUCUUGUCAAGCGAGUAGAAGUUGGAAAAAAGAACCGUUUGUAAUCAAAUAAUCUACUUUUAACUCAGAGGGUGUGAACCAGUCAUACGGUAUAAUAGAAAACGAGUCACGUGUGUGUAUAUUCGAAGAAAGUAGAAUUAAUUUUAUCUUAUUGGUAGAGCCAGUGUCUAGGUUUAGUUUAACCUCUACCCUAGUUCCCACACACUUGUUGUAUACUAAGAUGUGCAGAAAUUAUAAAUGUGCUGCAUGUCAAAUUAAUAUGUAUGUUAAGGUGGCCACUUACCAUAAAUCGAUAAUUUGAGAGCAAAACCAGUUUCGAGGCUGCUUUGACUUAAUGAGAUGUGUUCCACACUACUGAACAUCACUUGGCCUGUCUGUUGAGCUACGAUGAAAUGUUCUUUCUAUGUGAAAAUCAUCACAGAAUCAUUUCUGCUCAGUGUGCAAUACUGGGUCCUUUCCUAUGGACUAUAUUUAGGCUAUUUGGUUAACGUGUGACAAGUUUACAUUCUUUUUGUUUAUUAUUUCUUGCACAAAAUACAUUUUCGGAAUAUUUCACACUUACAACAGAUAUAUUCUGACAUGAGAUUUUAGUUUGAAGAAUCAGUCACAGAAUCAUAUAGAUUUUACCUAUAUGUCCCUUUGCAUAUUACUGACCUGAAUGCCUCAAAGAUCAAACCAAGGGAUGUUUAAAUAUUCAUCGCUGUGAAGGCCUGGCUCUCGCCAUUGUGAUGUAAAAAGUAACAUUGCACUUGCUUAUCAUUACCACAAACCUCCAUAAUCGCAGAUUAACACCAAUCACUUUGACAGUUAAAUACGCUGCAUUUCAUUUCAACGUGAAAUAACAUUUUGAGUCAACUCUAGAAGCAAGUACUGUAUAAAAUGUGCCUUUAAAACUAUUAAUUGAUAUGAUCUGUUGCCAUUCCAUGUCAAAUGCCAUGUCUAAGCCUCAUAAGCAUUUGCCAUGCAUACCAGACAAAUCAGUGUUGUGCAGUAUUUCUGGCUUCUUUCAGUCCAAACUAAAAGCUAAUGAAAGGGGCAAUUUUUUUUUAAAUGUCUACCCAUUUUGAGUUCUGUAAAGAUAUAAAAGUAGCACAUGCUCUUUUAAUAAAUAUUGUGGAUGAAACGUUAACAAAGAGCUCAUUAAAGCAUCAUUAAAACUGCAUAAGUAGAUAUCAAGAUAAAAAAAAGCAGACAAGAGCAUUCAUGCAUGCAUAAUUCUCCUGAAAGUUACAGCCUUUCAAAAGAGUCUGUAAAUAACA